AUGGAUAAAUGGACUCUAGCUGAUUUAAGAGAUGAGGUGAUGGAUUAUAUCUUAGAGAAGGAUAUUACUGCAAACGCAAUAUACAAUAAUUCAGAAUGGCCAAGCAUUGAAAUUGAUGGAAAAUUUUAUACCGACGAGUAAAUUAAGUCAACUCCAAUCAAGGGAUUGAUCCAUAACCUAACCGCCUUCAAAUUACACGCAGAUUAUGGUAUAGCAGGUGGUUCAGACUUUUAUGAGGAAGGAGGUUGCUGCUCUCUUUAAUGA